UUAUGUGCGAAGGCUAGACUCUAGAGUAGUAUAGAGUAGAGUAGAUAAACCCAGAACCACCAAAAGCGGCGCAUUUUUAUGCUAGCUAAUCGGCGGAAGCGGUGCGAGGCUGUGACCUUUAAAACGCCACCGUUUCCUUGUAGAGCAAAAUGGCUUUCGCUUCGGCGCUCAACGCUCCUAACGGCCUUCAUCGUCUACCGUCUUCCCGCCACGAAAUAACCCGAACCGGACCCGCCAGUCUGGUCCUGCCACGUCACCUUCCGGCCCGCUUCUCAUCCACGCUCGCCUUCGCCCGCCGUAAAAACCACCGCGCCGCGGUGACGUCAGCUCAGCCGAAGUUAAAGAAGAAAAGCGCGGCGAAGAAUGAGGAGGAUGAAGUGGACGGCGAUGCUAUAGACGCUUUGUUUUCGCUGCUGGAGGAAGACCUCAGAAACGACGGCGUGUCGUUUGAUGAUGACGGCGAAGACGACGAGAUAAGCGAAGAGGACCUGGCUAGGCUUGAAGAGGAACUGGCGGAGGCGUUUGGUGCGGUUGAUGAGGAUGAGGAUGAAGAGGAGGAUGACGAAGACGGGGACGGCGAUGUUGAUGUUGUUCAGAGCGAUGCGACUGAAGAAGAAGAAGAAGAGGAGGAGGAGGACGACGAUGAAGUUGAAGUUGCUGUGAAGCUUAAGACUUGGCAAUUUCGGAGAUUGGCUUCAGCUUUAAAAGUCGGUCGCCGCAAAACCAGUAUAAAAGCCCUUGCAGCUGAGCUUUGUCUUGACAGGGCUCUUGUUCUUCAAAUGCUUCGUGAUCCGCCUCCAAAUCUUUUGAUGCUCAGUGCUGCUCUACCUGCUCCUAAAAAAUCUGUGCCUGAACCAAAGCCUGUAGAAACUGUUGUGGAAACCACUGUGGAAACUCUUGUGGAACCUACUACAGAUGCUGCAGUGGUCGAAACUGCGGUGAAGGUGCCGGUUCAUGUCCGGCAACAAAAGUUUUCUGGUCAGAAGAGACUGAAGAAAGUGCAUCUUGACACCCUUGAAAGAGUUUAUAGAAGAACAAAGCGCCCAACAAAUGCAAUUGUCAGCAGCAUAGUGCAUGUGACAAACCUGCCGCGCAAGAGAAUUGUGAAAUGGUUUGAAGACAAACGUUCUGAAGAGGGGGUUCCUGACUCUCGGCACCCAUAUCAACCGUCUGCUCCUACUACUGUCAACUAGAACAAUAUGUAAAUCAGCAUGGGUAAUCAGGAUCUUCUCUCCUAUGUCUUAUCUAACUGAACAUAAUGACAAAAUGGUAUUCCACCAGAUCACUUUCAUGUAAUUAAGGAGAAGGUAUGGUUAGGAAACAAAUCCCAUCUUCAUUCCCUUAUGAUUUAGAGAGGAAAUGACAAAUGUUUUGGUCAGGAAAGGGGCAAAAGCCCACCUUCAUUCUACUGUCUAUGGCUGAAAGAGACUCUUCCUUCAAGUUACGAGGGAUUAUUUGUAAAGGAUUGGCAGCGACGUUUUUGGGCCACCACAAAUAUCAGUCUACCAAUUGUAACAUUUUUAUGGCUACUCCAAGCAUCACAUCUUUACUCUGAAAAUGAACUAGUCUAUCUUUACCCUAAGGGGUUGAAACAAUGUAAGCUACUUGGACCUUACAUCGCCCUUUGCAGCCGACGGAAGUCGAUAUUUGAAAGAUGAUAUUUAGAGAGUUCAAAGUCUUUUGUGUGAUGGUGGUAGUCUGGUAGAUUCAUAAAAGGUCGCUUGGUACAAAAAUUACUGUUCUUUGGUCCCAUCCAAACCCUGUUCAACUUGGUUGCGUCUUUCAAUUGGAUAGCAAAAUCAACCAUAAAAAAAAAAUAUAUAUGCUUAAAAUGAUUUCUUGC